CCUGUAGUGUAUGUUCAAACGCUACGUGCAGAUUAUCAGGAGCUCGUUCUGGUCUGUUAUCAUGUAAUAGAGAUGAGGCAAGUAGCAGGUCUUCGAUCUCUGACAUGAUUGAUGGUUAAGGGGGAAAUAUGUAUAGGAGCUAAGAAAAAGACACAAUUCAGUAGCAGAGAAGAUCUACAAACCAAAAUAGGAAUGAAAAAACAACCUCUAAAAAGUGAUCCAGUGUGUAAGGAUAUUUUCUGAUUAAACAAAACAAAGUCCUGUAGUAAGGAAUUUAAUCCAUCAUCUUACCUACGAACACAUAUCAGGACACAUACAUGAGAGGAACCAUAUCAAAUAUAUCAGAUCACUUACAGAAAUAUGUUCAUACGUAUAUGAAAGAUAUGAAAGAGAUGCCUUACACGUGCAAUAUCUGUAAUAAGGGCUUUAGUCACUUAUCUAGCCGACGAGAACAUACCAGGACACAUACAGGAGAGAAACCUUACCAGUGUGAUGUCUGUAGUAAGGCAUUUAGCCAGGGGGCUAACCUGCGAAAACAUAUUUUGACACAUACAGGAGAGAAACCAUACAAGUGUGAUGUUUGUAGUAAAAGAUUUAUCACGUUAACGCACGUAAAAAGACAUAUAAAGACACAUGCCGAAGAAAAUCCCUACAAGUGUGAUGUCUGUGGUAAGUCAUUUAGAGAAUCUCAUGCCCUAAGACAACAUACCAGGACACAUACAGGAGAGAAACCUUACCAGUGUGAAAUCUGUAGUAAGGCAUUUAAUCGAUCAUCUAACCUACAAAGACAUAUCAGGAUACAUACAGGAGAGAACCCUUACCAGUGUGAUGUCUGUAGUAAGGAAUUUAGCCGGGGGGCUAACCUGCGAAAACAUAUUUUGACACAUACAGGAGAGAAACCCUACACGUGUGAUUUUUGUAGUAAAAGAUUUAUCACGUUAAAGCACUUAAAAACACACAUCAAGACACAUGCCGAAGAAAAACCUUACAAGUGUGAUAUCUGUAGUAAGAAAUUUAGUCGAUCAUCUAACCUACAAACACAUAACAGGACACAUACAGGAGAGAAACCUUACCAGUGUGAUAUAUGUAGUAAGGCAUUUAGCCGGGGGGCUAACCUGCGAAAACAUAUUUUGACACAUACAGGAGAGAAACCAUACAAGUGUGAUGUUUGUUGUAAAAGAUUUAUCACGUUUACGCACUUAAAAAGACAUAUAAAGACACAUGCCGAAGAAAAACCUUACAAGUGUGAUAUCUGUAGUAAAACAUUUAAUACGGUAGCUAGCCUGCAAAGACAUCUUAAGACGCAUGCUGGGGAAAAGUCUUACACGUGUAAUACCAGUUGUAAGAAAUUUAGUAAAUCCUCUAGCCUACGAACACAUAUAAGAAAGCAUGCAAGAAACAAACUUUACAUGAGUGAUGUAGACAAUAGUAUGGUUAGUGUUAACAGUAGCCUACAGGGACACUUCAACACACACGCAAGGCAGGAUGUUGAAAGCAGCGAUACAUCUGAGACAACGUUCGAAUGUUAUCAGCAACAAAGCCAGUUCAAAUCAAAAACUGGAGAACAGUAUUUAAACCAUAGCGUACGUGACAACUUGGACGAGAGGCUAAUUGAAACAGGUGCCACUACCGCUGUUAGUGAGAUUACUAGUGUUAGUGGGACAUCUGAAGACAGCAUAGCUAGUGUCCGUGUGACUACUGGUGUUCGUUGGACUUCUGAAGACAGUAAAAUCACUGGUGUUAAUGAAACUAUUGGUGCUAGUGUGACUACUGGUGUUAUUAUGACUACUGAAGACGGUAAAACAACAGGUUUUAGUAAGACAGCUUUGGAGGCUGAUAUAAUAUACCGUGGAAUGAGGUUGUCAAAGACAGAUGAUUGUGCACAAGUAUUUACGUACAGCGUGCAAAAUAUACUACAAGAUUAUUAUAAGACAUAUCAAAUUGUAAAUGCAUGCCCUUGAUAAAAGCAUUACACAAAUGGCAGCUUGGUAAAACACUAAAAUAACAACGCACAUGUAAUAUAAAUAGAAUACAUUAUAUUAGUGAUGAUCUUAUAAGAAGAUAUCAGGAAUGAUAGAAAGCAAUUAUCUUUCAUGGGGAAUAUGGUAUCUGUGCAAAACUGUUAUAGAAUGGUGAAUUAAACAUGUCUGUAUAUGUUGUUUGUUUGUUGUAAUACGGGAUCCUCUUUGGAACGAUCUUUUUCGUUUGAUAAUGGGAGAUGUCUUUGUCAAAAUAUGUCAGCUUUCAUCAUUUUAUAGAUAUCGUGAUUUUAUUCACUCUCCGGACUCAAUAGAAAGUACGUUAUCUCAAUGUAAAUACAUGUAUUUGAAGAGAUCUAAGCUGUACUCUUAGAUGGAAGUAGUAUGCGAAAAUACACAUUAAAUAAAGCGUUUAAUUAUGAGUGCAGGUAUAUAUCACUCUGUCUUAUUCAGGAUAAUUUGUGGUUUUAACAAUAGUGCCUCUACAUUAAG